AAUUGUGAAGCUAUUCGGCUAGGAGAGCUUUCCAUCUAAGCAACAACAUAACAAAUGGCCAAAAUUUGGUUAUUGUAUUGGGGCCUAAUGGUUGCCUGGUAUCCCCUGUUGUCAAGUGGUUAUCUUAACGUGUUUAUAAGCCACAAAGAAGUGAUGAAACUUAUGCAAUUGGAAGCGGAUUUAUUCUAUGUACACGAGGGAACAAUAAACACAUACGCAAUGCACUUUACCGUGCCGGUGCCGGCAGAUGUACAUGACCUCGAAUUCUCAUGGCAAAGUCUUACAGCUUAUCCGCUGCCAUAUGCAAUUACCAUCGAUUAUGACCAUGAUCAGGAGGCAUUGGCUACACCCACCCUCAGCAUACCCGAGAAAGGUUAUGUGCCACAGCAGGUGGAAACGUUUUUAGUGCAUUUACCCUGUAGCGGCAAUAUCAGCGAACAGGUCCCACUCAGCAUAAAUAUGCUGGUGCGGGGACCGCCACGCCAUAAUGAUACCAAAUUACAUUUUAAGCGGGAUAAAAUCUGUAUCAAAGGUCUAUUUCCAGCUCCCAAUCAAUCACCGGCUCCUGCUCAUGCUCCCUCUCAGGGUCCUGCACUGUUGGGUGCAGCAGCCUGUGCCUUGGGUUUAGUGCUGGUUGUGGGCCUGAUAGCCAGCACAAUGUAUUUGAGGGCACGCAAACAAAUACGCCAGGAUUCACUGCACACCAGUUUUACGACAGCCGCUUAUGGUAGCCAUCAAAAUGUUUUCAUACGUCUGGAUCCCUUGGGAAGGCCACCCAGUGCGAACAGCGGUUCCUAUGCCACCAUUGCCAGUCUCAAUAAGUAUCCCCUGGAGACUAAGAAGUCCUGCAACAUAUUUGAAAAGUUUCGCAGCUCACCAACACCAUCACCAUAUGCAACAGCUUUACUGCCCAUGGGCGAUCAGAUAGCAGAGACAAUUUAUUCUAAACCAGAAUCGGUGUGUCCCUCGAGAAUAUCGUAUUAUGCUUCGUCGCAGCUAACCCAGGUUUACAGCAUGUCGACUCCUAAAUCAAGUCGUGGCAAUGGCAGUGUGUUUGGCGGAGCCAGCACUGGAACGGGUGGCAACAGUAAUACAGGCAGCAAGGACAAAAUGCGACGCAUACCAAAUGUUCAGCCCGGUACCUUGGAAUGUGAACAGCUCAUCAAAGAAGGUACAUAUGGUCGAAUAUAUGCUGGAAAACUGGGAGAUGCGUGUGAUGUCCUGAUUAAGACCGUUGUGGAUGGUGCUUCAUUGACCCAAGUGGCUUGCUUGCUUCAAGAUGCAUCCAUGUUAAUUGGCGUGGGUCAUCAAAAUAUUAUGGCUCCGAUGUUGGCAAAUACGGAAUUGCCUGGACCUCCCGAAAUAGCCUAUCCAUAUCCGAGCAAAGGGAAUUUGAAAAUCUUCCUGCAAAAAUCUCGAGAAAUGAACACACCUCUAAGUACACGACAAUUGGUUGAAUUUGGUUUGCAUGUUACCAAAGGUUUGGCCCACUUGCAUUCGGUGGGAAUUAUACAUCGAGAUAUAGCCACCAGGAAUUGUUACUUGGAUUCCGAUUCCUAUGUGAAAAUUUGUGAUAAUGCCUUAUCACGCGAUCUCUUCCCCGAUGACUAUCACUGCCUGUGUGACAAUGAAAAUCGUCCAUUGAAAUGGAUGGCCUUGGAGUCACUGCAACAAAAGAAUUUCUACAAUCAACAAACGGAUAUUUGGAGUUUGGGUGUCCUGUUUUGGGAAUUGGCCACCUUGGCCAUGACUCCAUUUGAAGAAGUGGAUAUAUUCGAAUUGACGCCAUAUUUGAGUGAUGGUUUUCGCCUGGCACAACCCAUCAAUUGUCCGGAUGAAUUCUUUACUGUUAUGUCCUGCUGUUGGCUGGUAGAUCCAAAACAACGACCGUCCUUUCCUCAAUUAAUUGCAUAUUUACAAGAUUUCUAUGAGGAUUUAAGUAUGUACAUAUAAGCUAAACGAUGUGAAACGAACCUCUAAGCAACUUAUGCCCAACUUCAAAAUCCAGUUAAGGACCUGAGCAUAAACGGCUGGAAUAUUCCUUGUACACCUCAUCCCUGUUUGCGUACGAAUCCUUCCUUAUCCUUGAUGGCAGGGAGCCC